AUGGUGUUUGAAGCGCACGAUGUGUCGGAUCUCUGCAUCGGCAAGCCGGCGUUAAGGUGGCUGCGGCCUUCCUCCACCGUCGCCGACGCCAUCGCCGAGCUCGAGUGUGAUGGCGACCGGGGUCCCGACGCGGCCGUCGCCGUGUGGGACGGGAAGGGGGCAGUGGCGGGCAGGGUGUGCAUGGUCGACGUGCUCCUCUUCCUCUGCGCUGACAGCAACCUGGCUUCGACGGGAGCGGCUCUCCAGGCCACGCUCGCCGACCUGCUCGCCGCCGGCCCGCCGCCCGUCCGCCGCAUCGAGCCCGACGCGAGUGUGCUGGAAGCGGUGGAUGCCUUCUUGGACGGCGCGCGCUGCCUCGUCGUGCCGAUCCGGGACCGGCGGCGAGCGGCAGCGGGGGAGAUGUGCUGGCUAACGGUGGAGGACGUGGUGCGCUUCUUCCUCGGCUCCAUCGGGCUCUUCUCCCCGACGGCGUCGCUCUCUGUCUCCCAGCUCGGCAUCGUCCGCCCGGCCACCCUCGCCGUCGCCGCCGGCGACAGGGCGCUGUCGGCCGUGCCACUCAUCCGCUCCGCCCUGGCGUCGCACUCCUCCGUUGCCGUUAUAACAGGUGCCGGAAUCCGGCCCAGCCUCGUCGGCGAGGUUUCGCCGUCGACGCUCUGCUCCUGCGACGUAUCCGUCGCGGUGGCCAUCGCUGCGCUCUUGGCUGGCGACCUCGCGGCCUUCGUCCACUGUGGCGCCGCCACGUCGAACGCCACCCUCCACGACCUCAGCUGUCGCCUCCGUCGCCGUAACCUCCUCGGCAUGGCGAUCGUGCACCGCGUGACGCAGGUGUGGGUGGUGGACGCCGCCGACGGCGACGAGCUGGUGGGCGUCGUCCUCUUCCUGGACGUGCUCCGGGUUCUGCGCCACCACCUUCACCAACCAUCCCCAAUCUAG